AUGUCAUCACCAAGGUCCAAGCUCCCGCUUCUUCUGUAUGGGAUCCUCCUGUGCAGCUCCUCCGCUCCGCUUCCAGUUAUCAGCCGGACGAGACAAACGGUACGAAGUGCUGGAUCACUGGUUUCACCCAGCAGCAACAUCUGGGACAAGAGGGAAGUGACAGCGAAAGACGGAGAAUACCUGCUGGGCAUAAAGAGACUGAGAAGGCUUUACUGUAACGUGGGCAUCGGUUUCCACAUUCAGGUCUUACCCAAUGGGAAGAUCACGGGCGUGCACAAUGAAAACAGAUACACCCUGCUAGAAAUUUCUCCAGUGGAGAGAGGAGUGGUGACUCUCUAUGGGGUGAGAAGCGGUCUCUUCGUUGCUAUGAAUGACAAAGGGAAACUCUAUGGCUCGGGACACUACAACGAUGAAUGCAAGUUCAAGGAGAACAUCCUGGCCAACAACUACAACGCCUAUGAGUCAGCUGCGUACCCUGGCAUGUACAUUGGCCUCAGUAAAAUGGGCAAAAGCAAAAGAGGCAACCGGGUCACACCCAAAAUGACCAUGACACACUUCCUUCCCAGAAUAUGA